AUGUAUAACAAACUGAGUAAAGUGGCGCCUGUGGCAGUCACUGGAACUAAUUUGACCAAAGCGUUGGCCUCGUUACAGUCUUGGAGCGUCGUGGAUAAGUCAUUGACGAAGGAUGUCGUCUUCCCAGAUUUCGAAUCAACGUGGGGAUUCUUGACACAAGUGUCAAUGAGAUCUCAUUUGUGGGGGCACCACCCUACUAUCACUACGACAUACAACAAGGUUCAGCUUAAGCUACAAACUCACGAUUUAGAGAACGAAAUAAGUGAUAUUGACAUAAAGAUGGCCAAAAGAAUUGACAGAUAUAUACAGAUGUAUGGAAACCUUAAGAGAUGA